AUGAUAGAUCUACGUGCCAUUUGUCAAUAUUAUGAGGACUCUCAGGGAUCUGUGAUUAAUAUACCGUGAGAAGGUGAUCCUUGUUCUUAUAUUAGGUGCAGUAAGCCAUUUUGUUUCCUUGGUUGCAUUGAAUUCUUAACCUCAAUGCUAAUGCUCUCUUUCUCUGUUGUCUUUCCAGGAUUGGCUUGAAUUGAUAACAGGAAAACUGAAACUCAUGCAUGGGAAUUGAGUCAUUGACCUCUCUCCAGCAACCAACCAUGUAUCCCUCCACCAUUGCAUCAAAAAACAAUGAACCAGCAACUGAAGAAGAUUUUGGUGACAUUGACGAAGACAACCUCUUCAGCCUUGGAAGCUUAGCUCCUACUAAUCUUCAGAAGCUCCAUCAACAAGAGGAUUAUGGUUUUGAUGCAUACUUGAAUUUUCCGAUGGAGAUGGAGAAGCAGAUAUCAGUGGAUCCAGCAUCAAUCAAGGGAAUAACAAAGGUUAACAACAACCAUUAUAAGCCUAAGUUCAUCAGUGCCAGCCUCCCAUGUUCAACGAGCUCAUCACCUCGUUCUGAUUCAGUAUUGAUCAAGAGCAUGAUGAAAUGGAAGGGUCACAAUCAGACAUCUCUCUUUUCUCGCCAGCGUUCCACUGCAUUGCACAGAUCAUCACUGCAACAAAGCACAAACUUACGCAAAAGUAAGUCUUGUGGUGAAGGGAGAUCAUGCAUGCCAUCUGAUGAGUUUGUUGAUAUCUUGUCAAGGAGGUUCAGCUUUCAACAGCAGCCUUCAGAGAAUGGAGUUCAAGUUCUUUACGAAUGCAAAGAUGAUGAUGAUGAUGUUAAGGACUGUAACAAGGAUCAAGAAUAUGAAGUAGAAAAAGAAGAAGAAGAAGCAGAACCACAUGUUGAAGAAGAAAGCUUCAAAUGUGGCGCAUUGUGCUUGUUCUUGCCAGGUCUUUCAAAGAAGAAGUCAGCAAUGCCAGCCAUUAAAAUGAGAGAAGAUCAAGUAAGUGUGGCUUCCAGGGUUGUCUCCCUUGAAAAAUUUGAAUGUGGGUCAUGGUCUUCUUCUCCUGUGUUGCAUGGUGAUGAAAAUAGUGAAAGUAUUAGGUCUUAUUUUGAUCUGCCAUUGGAGCUGAUAAAGAGCUCUGCAAAUGAAGCCAACUCUCCAGUUAAGGCAGCCUUUCUGUUUGACAAAGAUAGGAAGGGGGUACUGAAGAAGUGCUCAUCAAGGUCAGCCCCAAGGAAGUCUCAUGAAUCAUCAAACCGUCAUGUUAGGUUCUCUACUUCAGCUCCAAUGUCUUACCCCCCAUCUCCAACCUCUGCCUGCAUAACUCCCAGGCUUCUCAAAGCCAGAGAAGAUUUCAAUGCUUUCUUAGAAGCUCAGAGUGUUUGACUUUCUGGUUCCUUCCUAUCAAUGAUGCGGUCUGAAUCAAAUUGUAUUAACGUGUCAGUUGAUUGUAACACCGAGUAAAGAUGCACGGAGGUAGUGACACGAAGCCAAAAAGUGGGACCCACGCGUGUUGUCCAUUAGUCCCACUUCUCGUGAUUAUUUCAAUCCAACCUGGCGCAUCUGUAUUUUUUGUCAAUUGAGUUAUAGCCGACAACACUCAACAAAUGUCGCCAGAUAAUGAUCUCCUCAAUCCUCA